AAAUAAAUAAGGUGGAAAUUGCUUCCUCCUUCCUCUUUCUUCUCUUCUCGCUUCUCCGUCAAUGCCGUUCGAUUCUCCGGCGAACAGAGUAAUCCCUUCCCCGUUAUAAACCUCCCUUCAAUUCCAGAUCGAAGAGAACAGUCAUGGAUGAGGAAUCGUAUCGCAACCUAACCGAUUUCAUCCGUAGAACCUCUGUUUCCGAAACAUUCGUCGACAUCUUGCUAUGCGCGGUUCCGAUUUGGCUCGCCGUCAUGAUCGGGCUCCUGAUCGGAUGGUCCUGGCGUCCGAGGUGGACCGGAUUGGUUUACCUAGGGUUCCGCUCCAAGCUCCGGUUUCUCUGGACCGCUCCCCCCGGAUUCGGCGCUCGCCGCGUUUGGCUCGCCUUCACCGCUCUCUCGGCGUUCUCCGUCUGCCGCACUUUAUGGUCAAGGCUCGGUUCGAGCUCCAAGAAAUCGAUCGGAGAGAUUCCUCCUAGUGGUGGAGUUUCACGAGUUAGUGAUGAGAACAUAGAGAAGGAGGAGAAGGAUGUUGUGACGGAGAAGGAUCUUGAGCAUCUGUUGUAUCUUCUUGAAGGUGGGAAUGCAGAUAUGGAGUGGCAGUCUAUGAUGGAUAAGUCUACUCCUAACAUGAGUUACCAGGCUUGGCGUCAUGAGCCUCAGACAGGGCCUGUUGUUUAUAGAAGUAGGACUGUUUUUGAGGAUGCAACUCCAGAUAUUGUUAGGGAUUUCUUCUGGGAUGAUGAGUUUCGGCCUAGAUGGGAUCCUAUGCUUGCUUACUUCAAGACUUUGGAGGAAGAUCCUCAGACGGGAACAACAGUCGUUCACUGGAUUAAGAAGUUCCCAUUUUUCUGUAGUGACCGGGAAUACAUCAUUGGUAGGAGAAUAUGGGAAUCUGGAAAGAAGUAUUAUGCUGUCACUAAGGGAGUGCCGUAUGCGGCUCUACCAAAGCGUGAUAAGCCAAGGCGAGUAGAGCUUUAUUUCUCAAGCUGGAUAAUCAGACCAGUUGAAUCUCGAAAAGGGGAUGGACAAAUGUCAGCUUGUGAAGUCUCCCUUGUCCACUAUGAAGACAUGGGAAUCCCAAAAGACGUAGCCAAGUUAGGAGUCCGUCAUGGCAUGUGGGGAGCCGUCAAAAAGCUAAAUUCCGGCUUAAGGGCAUAUCAGACAGCAAGAAAGCCAGGGGCGGCUCUGUCACGGAGCGCUCAAAUGGCGGGAGUCACCACAAAACUGAACAUUGAUUCGGUGGAAGCAUCGAGAGUAGAGGAAGAAGAAGAAGAGAGAGGGCGAGCGGGGGAGAACGCAAGGAGACAAAAGGAGCAGUUCAGUGUAGAUUGGAAAUGGAUCGCUGUAGGAGGAGUUGCUUUGGCUUGUGGGCUUCAUUCAAGUGCUAUUGGCAAGGCUUUAAUGGUUGGAGCAGGGCAGAGACUUGCUCGUAGGUGAAAAUCUUUCUCGUUAUCUCCACCUGAGAGAUUGAUAUUAUUAUGUGUUUUCCCUGAGGCUUCUUUAGCCCAGCACAGAAAAGCAAUUUAGUCAUAUGCAUCAUGGGUUGUGUUUUCUUCUUUUAACUGCGUUGAGAAGAGCCUAUUUAGUGGUGGUGGCAGCAAAGUGAAGAGAGUAACUUUGAGCCAAGUGCUACGAUGGGGUCGAAUAUUUCAUGUAAUACCGUCUAAAGACUAUGUUGCAUGUUGUGCUCCGUUCUGUUGACAAGUAUUUGGCAACUAGAUGUCAGAUUUAUUUCCAUUGAGCUAAACUCCAUCUAGAGAAAUCAUUUGAAAAUAAAGAAAAAGACAUUUGAUUAUAAAAGUUUCUCCUAAGAAGCAAACCUCCAAUGUCUCAUGCAUCUUGGAGAAGAUGUUAGUUCAUUUCGAUUCGUUUCCAAUAUAGAUUGAAUGGUUGGUAUGCGAAAAACUUUUCAUCCG